GAGGACUGUUUGGGCAGGGAGCUGUUGGUUUUAAUUGCUGCCUCUGCGUGGCUGUGGCAAACUGCGGCUCAACAGCAAAGACUUUAAAGAAACAGCUAACACCUGGCUAAAGCUACAUCACCCAGAAACUGGCAAGAUUUGAAGGCUGAUGGUGCUUCCCGACAUUGCUCUGGACAGUGUUACAGUCAGGAGAACGGGCCCCUGUUAAUGGACCAGAGAGCACUGAGGUUUCUUCAAGCUGGCGCAUGGGUGGCCCUGCUCUCCCUGCAGGGCAUAUGUAGCCCGUUACUGGAGGAACCGCCCAACUUCCUCACUGAUGGAGCUGUGCAGGGCCUGCCCGAAGAUGCCACUCAGGAGCAGGGCUACUACCUGCAGCAGCUUUUUGGGCAGUAUGGGGAGAAUGGCACCCUGUCCUUCGAGGGCCUGACACGCCUGCUGCUUAGCCUGGGACUAGGGAAGGUGCAGGUGGUGGAGAUUGAGCAUGACGCACUGGGCCACGGCCACGUCUCCCAUCUGGAUAUCCUGGAGGUCCAAGAGAACAAGCACUUGCACUUCCAUUCGGCACUGGAGCACCUCCACUCGACAGAGCACAGAAGCAAGGCUCAAGCAGAGGGUGUUACCCCCAGGAAUGGAUUCUCUCAGAAGGGCCACGCUACCCCAACGCCACUGCCACCUGCACUCCCUGGUAUCCACCAUGUCACCAAAUCAAGCUCCGGGCAAACAGCAGAGCACUCUGGGAAGGGUGAAACUCCUUUCAAAUCCUCCCAUGGACAUUCUAGCCUAAAUCUUCUGGAGAGGGUCAUUGCUUUGGACCACUCCGUCUAUAACCACCUGCAUGAGGAUUGCCUCAAUGUAUCACAGUUGCUGGUGAAUUUUGGCUUGAAUUCUGUCUCCAAGAUCACUCCAGCACAGUUCACGCUGCUGUGUCCAGCUCUGCUCUACCAGAUCGAUAGCCGAGUCUGCAUCCAACACUAUGAUGAGGUGUCUCCCGGCAUGAUGGAAAGCUCUCUCUGGCCUGGCUUGGGCUGGGGAUUUGCAGCCAUCACCCUGACCAGCUUGCCUUCCGUGCUUGCCCUCAUCCUUGUCCCUCUUCUCAGUGGUGAUGUCUUCCGAUUCCUUCUCAGUUUUCUCGUGGCACUGGCUGUGGGGACGCUGUGUGGGGACGCCCUGCUGCACCUCUGGCCACACGCCCAAGAAAGAUCCCAUGGUCUUCUAUCUUUGAAUGAGCAGCCCCUGGCAGAUGAUGCAAUACUGAAGGGCCUCUCUGUGCUGGGAGGCAUUUACCUUCUCUUUCUCAUUGAGAAUCUCAUGGGAACACUGAAGAAAAUUCACAUAAAGCGGGACACCGCUGGAAAGCCAUCUGACCGAUCGCCUGUUAAGACAGAGGAGAGAAGCCAUGUCGGAGACAGGCCAAGACCUUGUGGUACUGAAUCUGAGACCCUGACGGUGCCUGAAGGAGAAACUGGGAUCCUCUUUGAUGAAGUCCAGGACUGCGCUGUCCAAAUCCGCAACUCGGAGGAGCAUGGAGCAAAUUCGGAGAGGCAGGUGGCGGAACUACAUCACCACGGUCAUUCUCACAGCCCAGCUGGCAGUGCUGGGAUCGCAGACAUAGCGUGGAUGGUUAUUCUAGGGGAUGGGAUACACAAUUUCACAGAUGGAUUGGCCAUUGGGGCUGCCUUCUCUGAUGGAAUCUCGAGUGGUUUAAGCACCACAGUGGCCGUAUUCUGCCAUGAAUUGCCCCAUGAGCUUGGGGACUGUGCUGUCCUGCUCCAGGCAGGCAUGCCGCUCCGGCGAGUGCUGCUCUUCAACCUACUCUCUGCUUUCCUGGCCUACUGCGGCACAGUACUGGGGACACUUGUGAGCAAGAGCACUUCACAAGUCACCCCAUGGAUCUUUGCCAUCACAGCUGGCGUGUUCUUGUAUGUGGCUCUCGUGGACAUGCUGCCUGAGAUGCUGCAGAGGAGUUCUUCCAGUGGUAAGAGAGGCUCCUUCAUACACUUUGUCCUCCAAAACUUGGGCUUCCUUCUGGGAGGAGCACUUAUGCUCUGCAUCGCCAUCUUUGAAGGCCAGAUCAGUUUCCACAUGGACGGCUAGCACUUUUUCAGCAUGCUACACCCAACGCCAAGGAAUGCAGCGCAAGCCCACUUCAAUUAUAACCAUCUCCUUUCCAUAGCAUUCUGAGGAGUAAUGGAACUGACUAUAUUCUCCCAAGAGAAUGCCCAUUUUAGGGGGAAAUUUAAGAGGGAGAUCGGUAGCAACACGUGUUUUACUUGCUUCCCUAUUCCUGCAUUUGACAACAAACCAACUGUAUCCUCUCCAAGGAGGCAAGUUGUUACCUUCAGUCCCUGUAUUUUAUAAAGGAGGAACAGCAACAAAUGGCUUGAUGCACAAACUUAUGUGCCCUCUCACAGUGCGAUGCAGGAGGAGGAGUUAUUUAAAAGACAGCAGCUAUCUUGUGGAGCAGCUCAGUUUUAAUAUAAAUUGUAGAAUUCCAUUGCACUUUAAAAGGCUUUUAACAGAAGCUACUUUGAAAAGAUGCAAAGAAUGCGUCUGCAGCAUGGUUGUGUUCUAUAAGCCAUCCAUAUCAUGAAUGCAGUUUUGAAAUUUGUUUGCAUUUAACUAAGUAUAUUAAUAAAGAGGAUUAUGGUUUUAAAA